AUGACAUCAAGCAUGCAAAAAGAUGCCAAUGUUGCAGAGAAUUUAUAUUAUAUGCUACAAAAGAAAGUAAAAGAAAAAAUAUCAUGUGAAAUCUGCGAUAAGAAAUUUAGUAAUAGAUACAACAGCAUAGUCCACAACACGAAACACAUAAUUAUACCACUUUUGAGGCAUCAAAUUCAUAAAUGCUGUAGCUGUCACUGUGCCUAUAUAUCUGUAGAUGAUCUAAUCAAACAUAUGUUAAAAAAACACACAACCACCUCCCCGAGAUCUUCAUGCUUGGUUAAUAUCGUAGACUCUAUAAAAACCAAUAAAUUGAGUAAGGCUUCUAUAAAAGCCUUCAUAAAUCCCACUUUGACUAUAGACAAUGGCGCUCGUAAUGAGAUAGAACCAACGAUUGACAAUCAGGUGACAGUCUGUGAUGAUUCCGGCAAAGUUACAAGUGACAAACCUAACGAUUCGUGGAGAGUUUCAAUAGACAAGAAGGUAUCGCUUAGAGAUUCCGUCAAAGAGGAAGGAGAAUAUAUUUUACCGGAUGUAUAUUAUGAUGUUAAACUAGAACCCAAUACUACAUACGAUGAUGAUAAAGCCAGUUAUCCAGUUAAGAGAGAAAUGUCAGAACAGGUUACUGAAGUAGAAGUCGGCAAAACUAUAAUAACUCCCAGCUCUACCUUCUUUGACAAUAAACAUUAUAUUGAUACCUUCGACACAUUGGACAUUAAGCCAAGUACGUGUGCAAAAGAAUCUUCAUUACAUCAAGUAAGGGUUGGCUCAACCCCAUUCUCAGUAAACAGUGAAAAAUACGAACCGAUCUGGGAACAGAUUAAAAUUAAUGUUGGGGCUAUUGUAAAACAUAAAAGAUUCGGAGUGAGCAUACACUAUGAUCAGCUCCGUAUUCAGGGUGCAUGGGCGUGUCAGUAUUGUCCAUUAAAAUAUAUAUCACGCUACUGCCUCAUUCUCCACGAAACUACCCACAUGCGCUUUAUCAAACCGGAGCCGUUAUUUUGCAAAUUGUGUGACAGGUAUGUCGCAUCUCCUACUAUCAAAGAUCACAUCGACAUAACACACCCUGGACUCGACUUCAGAACGUUGAACCGACUUUCAGUGGGUAUUUGCAAGGUGUGCAAUUUGAAAUUUUCAAAUUACCCUCGCCAUGAGCGAAUUUACCAUGGAUCUCUAAAACAAUUGGAAGUACCGCCAGCUGUAGUAUUUACCAGAAUAUGUAGAACGUGUUUGGCGGAUGUGGGUGCGUCCACAUAUUACGGAACGACUGCGGAAAUAAGUUCAUGCCAGAUUUGUAAUAAGUGGGCGAUGAAAAUGAAUAUUAUUAGGCAAACGAUGGCGAAGAACCUCAAAUUCGAAGAAGAAGUGAAACAGAAGCAGAGGAAGAAGAAGUGUCUGUCUAACAUGGCACGCCUUAAGAAUAUACAGAUGCGAUUAAAGAUGAUUAAUAAAUUGAGUAAAUUUUAUCCUUGUAUUAUUUCAUGUCAUGUUCUUAAUAGAAUUUAG